GGGCGGGUGACGUCGUGCGGCCGCGAGGCGGAGCCCGUUGGGGGGGGGGGGACGGGUGGAAAAGGGGAACCCGCCAAAAGCGACGUCACCGCCCCAAGCCCCGCCCCGCCGUGCUCUGAUUGGCCGGCUUGGGGAGGCCGCGCCUCCUCUGCCCGCGCCGGGCGGUGAUUGGCGGAGAGGGCGGCGCGGCGCGGUGACGUCGCCGGGCGCGCGGCGCGGCGGCCCCGGAAGCGGCGGCGGUGGCGGGAGCGAGGCUGCGGGCGGGCGGCCAUGGCGGCGCCCGGCUCCUCCCCCCGCGACGGGACCCCCGAGCGCCCAGGUGAGGGUGUGAUGUCACCGGCGCGUCACCCCAGCGGGGAGGACGAGGAGGCGGCAGCGGAGUUGCCGGCGGCCAUGAUGUCACCGGGGCGUCACCACCGCGGGGAGGAGGAGGAGGACGAGGAGGAGGAGGAGGCCGUGACAUCACCGGCGUGUCACCCGAGCGAGGAGGAGGAGGCGGCGGCAGCGGUGGCGUUGCCGGCCGCCGUGACGUCACCGGGUUGCCGGCGCGGCGCGGAGGAGGACGUGACGGCGGCGGGCUGGCGUUGCCGUCGGAAGCACGUCUUCGUGCUGAGCGAGGCGGGGAAGCCCAUUUACUCGCGUCACGGUAACGAGGAGGCGCUGGCGGCCACCAUGGGCGUCAUGAUGGCGCUCGUCUCCUUCAUCCAGAGCGGCGGUAACGCCAUCCGCGCCAUCUGCUCCGAAGACCGGACGCUGGUGUUCGAGCAGCGAGGGCCGUUGCUGUUGGUGUCGGUGUCCCGUACGCGGCAAACGGCGGCUCAGCUGCGCCGGGAACUGGCCUUCGUCCACGAGCAAAUCCUCAGCCUCCUCACCCGCGGCGGCAUCGCCCGCGUCUUCGCCCGCCGACGCGGUUACGACCUCCGCCGUCUCUUAGCUGGCGCCGAAGCCGUCCUCGAUCGCCUCCUUUCCGGCGCGGCGGCCGACGGGCGUUUGCUUCUCGGCGCCGCGCGUUGCCUCCCGUUACCCGCACCUCUCCGCCGAGCCGUUUCGGCCGCGCUCCGACGCGCCGCCGCUUCCGCCGUCCCGGCUCCGGCUUUGGCUGUGUUGGCCGCCGGCGGGCGGUUGGUGACGGCGGCGCGGCAACGGGCUUUGGCGGAAGGCGGGCGGUUGUGCGCCAGCGACCUCCAUCUCCUCCUCAACCUUUUGGGGAGCGGCGCGGGGGCGGGCGAGGUGUGGACCCCCGUUUGUUUGCCGCGCUUCAACCCCGAUGGGUAUUUCUACGCUUACGCAGCGGCGCUGGGCGAGGAGGAAGAUGGCGGCGGCGGCGACAGCGCGGUGACGCUCAUCCUGCUGUCGACGGAGCGCGAGGGGUUCUACGCGGCGGCGGGGUGCCGGCGGCGCUUGGAGGAGACGCUGCGGGCGCAGGGGUGUUUGGGGGAGCUGGGGGCGGCGGUACGGGGAGGGGCGGGGUACGGCCCCGCCCGCGCCGGGGCCCCCGAACUCCGCCAUUUUCUCUACAAGCCUCUGGAAGGGCCGGAGGAGAUGCAACAGCUGCCGCAGUUUACCAGCCCCGAGUUGGAGGAGCCCUACGCCAGCGAGGAGGAGCAGCACCGUCUCUUCGACCUGUACCACUACCUGCACAGCCGCGUGCACAGCCCCCACCGGCCCCUGCGACUCCUCUACCACGUGGCCGAGAAGGAGACGCUGUUGGCUUGGGUGACGAGCAAGUUCGAGCUAUACGGCUGCUUCAGCCCGCUGGUGACGAAGGCGGGAGCCAUCGGGGUCCUCACCAAGCUGCUACGCUGGCUGAAGAAGGAGGAAGACUGGCUCUUCAUCCGCUACCCGCCGCCAUAUUGCGCCGCCCCCGCCCGCCCCGAGGGGGCCGAGUCCGAGGGCUGAGCCCCAUCCUCGUUGCCGGGGUGGGGAAUAAAACGCCGCUGCCGCCGCCAAAGAAAA